AGACCGGUAUAGAUGGAGACAUACCAAUAGAGGGAGGAGAGACAUUGUGGCACUAGAACUGUAGUGCAUGGAAAUAUCAAGUAGAGAAAGCGAUAAAUAUAGCUUCAACAAGGAGAGAGAUAGAGAGAGAGAGCACGGGCUGUGAAUUCGCGGACGACAUGAGAGCUCUACAUGAAUAGUAUACAAUGCUUUAAAACUCCGCGUUUUGCUUUACAAACGUGUUGUCCGAAGACAGCCACUAAAACGGGACUACACAUCAAAUUUAGGCAGUAGGGGGCAGCAUGCCUGAGCAGAGUAAUGACUACAGGGUGGUGGUGUUUGGAGCGGGGGGAGUGGGGAAGAGCUCCCUGGUCCUACGCUUCGUUAAAGGCACCUUCAGGGACACCUAUAUCCCCACUGUGGAGGACACCUAUCGACAGGUGAUCAGCUGUGAUAAGAGUGUGUGUACGCUCCAGAUAACUGAUACAACAGGCAGUCACCAGUUCCCUGCCAUGCAGAGGCUGUCCAUAUCUAAAGGACAUGCCUUCAUACUGGUCUACUCUGUAACCAGCAAACAGUCACUGGAGGAACUCAAGCCUAUCUACCAACAGGUGAUAGCCAUAAAGGGGAACAUAGAGGCCAUCCCCAUCAUGUUGGUGGGCAACAAGAGUGAUGAGACCCAGAGAGAGGUGGAGACUAAAGAUGGAGAGGCACAGGCGACCACGUGGAAGUGUGCGUUCAUGGAGACGUCAGCUAAGACCAACCACAACGUGACCGAGCUGUUCCAGGAGCUGCUCAACCUGGACAAGAAGAGAAACAUGAGUCUCAACAUCGACGGGAAACGGUCCGGGAAACAGUCCAGAGCUGAGAGACUGAAGGGAAAAUGUAGUGUCAUGUAG